GCGUCUUCCAGGCGACGCUGCCAGCGUGACGUAUAAUCUAUUGGACGGUUCUUCAGAAACAGCUCGUCACCUCGGUAGCCAACAUAGCCGAAAGAUUCAAGCUCUUAAUACGCUUUCGGUCUAUAUUAGCUACUGUGUUUUAGACACAUUUCUGUCGUAUCUACUUGUUAACCUAUUUAAUUUAAUAUUACCUUAUUUUGUAUUAGUCAGCUAUAGUAGCUGGCUGGUUAAGUUAGCACUAGCCUAGUCGCUAAUGAUAGCUAGCUAGCUAACAUCCCCGAACAUGAGCUCACUAAACUACCCCCCUCCUGUUAAAGAAGAGAUCUGCUGGACGGAGAAAGAAGCUCUGGGACUGAACAUUGUCGUGAAAGAGGAGAAGGAAGAAGAGGAUGUUACUGUGAAACAAGAAGUAGAGGGUGAGGCUGUUACAGUGAAAGAAGAAGAGAAAGACGUUUCAGUGAAAGAGGAAGACGCGUUCAGAGUGAAAGAGGAGGUAGAUGUUGCAGUAAAAGAAGAGGAAGAUGCAGUUUUUGGAGUGGAGGAUGACGUGAAAGAAGAUGAAGACGUUUUUGGAAUGAAGGAUGAUGAGGGGGAGAUUACUGUCACAUUAGAGGAGGACGAAGAAGAGCAGACUGGAGAUCUGAUAAACACCAGUAAGUACAGAGAGAGACGGGACAAUCGUGGAUCCUCUGGGGAGCCUCAACAACAUCAUGAUGCUGACGAGGCAGAGAAGAGUCUCUCCAGAUCAGAACUCCUCAAGAAACACCAACAUAAAACCACAGGGAAGAGAACUCACUGCUGCUCUGACUGUGGGAAAAGAUUCAACUCUUCAUCAAACCUUAAAAUACAUCAAAGAAUUCACACAGGAGAGAAACCUUACGGCUGUGAUCAAUGUGGGAAAAGUUUUACUCUGCUACACACCCUGAAAUCACACCAGAGAUCACACACAGGAGAGAAACCCUAUAGCUGUGAUCAAUGUGGGAAGAGUUUUACAACAUCUAGCAAUCUAACUAUACACCAGAGAACACACACAGGAGAGAAACCCUAUAGCUGUGAUCAAUGUGGGAAGAGUUUUACUUCAUCUAGCUAUCUAACUAUACACCAGAGAACACACACAGGAGAGAAACCUUACGCCUGUGAUCAAUGUGGGAAGAGAUUUAUUCUGCUACAAACCCUGAAGUCACACCAGAGAAUACAUUCUGGAGAGAAACCUUUUGGCUGUUAUCAAUGUGGGACAAGUUUUUCUCAGCUAAGCAGCCUGAUAGUACACCAGCGUGGACACACAGGAGAGAAACCUUUUAGCUGUGAUCAAUGUGGGAAGGGUUUUACUACAUCUAGCCGUCUAACUAUACACCAGAGAACACACACUGGAGAGAAACCUUAUUGCUGUGAUCAAUGUGGGAAGAGCUUUACUCAGCUAAGCAACCUGAUAGUACACCAGCGGGGACACACAGGAGAGAAACCUUAUAGCUGUGAUCACUGUGGGAAGGGUUUUACUACAUCUAGCUGUCUAACUAUACACCAGAGAAUACACACAGGAGAGAAACCUUAUGGCUGUGAUCACUGUGGAAUGACUUUUAUUGGGCUUCAAACCCUGAAAUCACACCAGAGAACACACACUGGAGAGAAACCUUUUAGCUGUAAUCAAUGUGGGAAGAGUUUUACCACAGCUAGCUGUCUAACUAAACACCAGAGAACACACACUCCUGGAGAGAAACCUUUUGGCUGUGAUCAAUGUGGGAAGAGUUUUUCUCACCCAAGCAGCCUGAUAGUACACCAGAGAACACACACUGGAGAGAAACCUUUUAGCUGUAAUCAAUGUGGGAAGGGUUUUUCCACAUCUUGCUAUCUAACUAUUCACCAGAGAACACACACAGGAGAGAAAUCUUAUAGCUGUGAUCAAUGUGCGAAGAGAUACUCUGAUAAAAGGUCUCUGAUUAAACAUCAGAAAAUGCAUACAUGAAGAAGUUGUUUCAUGAUAUCAAUGUCACAAUGUAGAAUGUUUUAACAUUGUCGUAGCAAUAUUUGAAUGAAUGUCAGAAUGUAGAAACCUAAACGUUUGUCCCCUGUUCAGUUGAUAUUAGCCUCAGCGGAAAAAUCCAGGCUCUGAAUUGAAAGAGUACUAUUUAUGUGAUUUAACAAAAAGUGACAAUUGUGUUACACUUACCAUGUUGGUGGCCCACUUGAAUCAAAACGCAACACUUCAACAUGUUUCGGUUUUCAAUAUAUCCUGAACUUUUUGCAUAUUGGUUAUUGAUUUCGACAUGUUAAAACUGUGUUUUGACAUUGCGCUAUUCCAAUUUAGCAAAAUGUCAUUGAAAAGACAAUAGGACUAUGUUCGAUUGUAGUUGAAAGUGAAAGUUGAAAAGAUGUAUUUUCGGGUUGUUUUUUCAAUGACUGGAAAACAACUUAAUUUCAACAUACUUGCAGCAUAAACACAUGGACACAGUAUAAUACAUUGGUCUAUAAUCAAUUUUCUUAAAAAUCCUACAUCACUCCAGUAUUUCUUUACAACAUUCAAAUGCUACUUGUCUUUAUUCCACUUACUGAAGAAGCAUGUCUCAAAUGAUCCCAUAUUUCAAACAUUCAGCCUGACAAAAGCCUGACGAAAGAUGUUUUAUUAUUCCAUGCCUCACCAUUAAGUCAAUUAUUGCCAACACAUAUUAACGAAGAGGUGUAUAUUUGGUUUUGAUAUUUCAUAUUUACAAUUCAUGUAACAUUCAGUAAUAAUUAUUUAUGCAACCAACUGACAAUUUUUGGGUACAAUUAUAUUGUAUAUUAAUAUUUAGAACUGUUUUUUUUCCUUGUUUUUAAUUGUUGACAGCAAGUUGUUUUUUGUUGGUGUUGAGCAAACUUGUCCAACAAAAAUAUAGGAUAUAUUUGUUGUCUUAAAGGGGAAGGUGUUACAGGCUUUGGUUUUUCCAUUUAUAUUUUCAAGUUGGACCUUAGCUCGUAGGAAAGGGGGAUACCUAGUCAGUUGAACAACUGAAUGUGUUCAACUGAAAUGUGUCUUCGUUGCACUGAUUGGUGUCACCUCGUUAGUCAGUAUGUGUUACACAUGUGCUGGCUUGUCCAUCUCGUCAGUGGGAAGGUGUUUCACCUGAGCUGGUCCAGGUUCUAUUUAAGACUGUCUGGCCCAGUGCUCCAGUUGUCUUGAUAGAUGUGGAGAGUCGCCACCUUUUUGUUUUGCUUCCUGUCUAUAUUUGGUGUGGGUUUUUCUUUUGUUUGUCUCUUCUUGGGCAGAUUUAGUGGGUCUCAUGGUGGGUGUCUUUUAGAUCCCAGUUGUUGUUACUAGUCAACAUUCAGUGGACACCCCCAUAGUGUCUUUCAGAACCCCUCUUUAAAAAAAACAAGCUUGUAUUUUGGGUUGGAUAUUGCAUCCUAUUAAUAUUUUAAUCAAUGGAAUUUCCUUAGGGUGCCCAUUAGUCUUUCAGUUAUUAGUCUUGUUUAUUGUGUACUAAAUAUUUGUUUAUUUUCAUUCUUUUAUUUGUUUUUUCCUGUGCAUCCAUGUCUGAAAUGUGCUGUAUAAAUAAAGCUUGAUUUGAUUUCAACA